AUGGCCGAAUCCCAAAGCAGCGUGCGGCCCUCGUUGGUGGAUGGUCAGCCUCGACCUCCCCGAACGUUUCAGCUAGAUGAUCUGGCUGAGCCCGACCGAAAUGAAUCCCUGACUGCUCAAGAUGGAACUCGGAUUCGAGCUCCAAAGCCAGGAUAUCCACCACCCUGGAUCCAAAUGGAAGAUGCCCACAAGGAUUGCACUGAGGGAGCAUUCGGUGGUGCCUCGAACAGCGGCACGACAUCUCCAACAUCCCCAAUCUUUGAGCGAAGCGUCCAGGAAGAUAUGAUCCCGGCGCAAGCACCGUCUUCGAUCCCUGCACAUAUUCGAACAGAAAACUAUAUUCCCCCGGUUCUCGAGGCAUCGUCGGCUGCGAUUACGGACGACCAUCUGGAUCCCGAUUCUGUCGAGAUUGUCACACAUAGUCUACACCAAUCUGCUGUCGCAGGAGUUAUAGGCGCGUCUUCGAUGGAGCAAUCGCUAUCAUCCUCGGUGAUCGAUGACCACAUCCACUCCGAUGCUGACGAAGUUUCAUCUGCCCACGGGGCCCUGGACUCGACGGACGUGCGACGCUUGAGCUUUAUAUCCUUUGCUGAUGUGGUCAAUGCCGAGCACGCCGAAACGGGCGACCCCUGGGCCAGUCGAGAUCCCUCCCAACAUACAUCAGGUCCAGCAAUUUCCACUGGCGGUCCUGCAAACCGGUCCCCAUCACCAUUGCGCUCACCGGCCUCAUCACAUGCGAUGGGAACAUCGCCACCAACGAGCAUUACGACCUCUUUCAAAGGAACCGAAAUGUCCCCUCCGCACGGAGCUCGCGGUGCAGGAAGCCCCUUCCCGACGGCCCAGAGCCCCGUCUCCUCGAGUUUUGGCGGGGAACUCAAUAUUGAAACAAUGCGGCAGGCAUUGAGGAGAACGGGGAGCGGUGAAUUGGGUGGAGUGGCUAGCCAGACAGCCAGUGCUGUGGGCAAUGACGAGGUGAUUGAUCGUUCGUUUUAG